UACACCAAGGAGAAACUCGCGGAACUGGCGGUAUUGAUGCGCUUCAAGAACCCUUUGGUUUAUUGCAUGAGUGGCUGCAUGCAUGAGUCGCCAUUGACCCUCGGUUCACUUCUGUCGUCUCAUUGGGGCAAUCCCGCAUUGCACCUCCUUGCCCCUCCCCUGUCUUCUUCCCACCAUCUCCUUCCCACUCCUCUCACUGCCCCACUGUGUUCUGGGUGCUCCCUCCCCUCCCACCUUCCCGUUCUCUCCCCCCCUCCACCUCCCCCGCCUUCCCCCGGCCACCCCUGCCCCCAGCGCAACACCAUGCGCAUUGCAGCGCCUUCUUCCGCCUCCAGGCGCACCCCCCCUCCCCCUUCCGCCUCCGUUGCUGCAGCAGGCGCAGCCCUCUCCGCCUCCGCGCCCCCCUCCUCCACAGUCACCCCGCCCUCCCUCUCCGAACCUCUCAUCGUGCUUCGGGGAUCACUCAAACCCGCAGGCUCGGCAGCCGCCGAAGCAGAGGCCGGAGCUAGUGGUUCGGGUGCAGCAGGUUCGGCAGGCGCGGCAGCAGGAAUGGGAGGAUUGGGAGGAAUGGGAGGAGGCCUAGGAACAAGCUUAAGAAAGGCAGGGGGGGGGGGGAUGGGGGAGGAGGAGGAAGUGGAGGAGGAGGAGAGGGAGAAAGCUGCAGAGGAGGAUGAGGAGGAGAGGGCGUGGGAAGAAGAGCAGUUGCGCAAGGGAGUGGGUCGAAUGGCGUCUGUGCCAGGAGCCACAGGGGGAAAGGACGGGGGAAUGGGGGCGAAAACAGGGGGGGAGAAAGGGGGCGGUGUGGGGGCGAUGGGGGGAGGGGGAGAGGAAGGAGGGCGGAGUGCAAGCGAGGUGUUUUCAGGGGGGAUGAGGGCAGGCGCGUGGGGGUAUGGGGGGGCAGGAGGGGGCGUAGGGGGGAUGGGAGGUGCAGGGUCGAUAGUGGCGGAAGGGGAUGAAGUGAUGAAGUUCCUGAGAGAAGGCCUUGCGAGACUGCAGGCCUCGCAGUCCAAGGCUGAGCGGGAGGCUCGGGAGGCGGAGGAUCGGCUGGUGGCGGCAGCGGACGAGGUGUUGGAGCUGGAGAGGGCGAUGAAGGGCGCUGAGGGCAAAUACCGCUUCGUGCAGGACCUGCGGCAAUACGUGGCCGUGCUCUGUGACUUCCUCAAGGACAAGGCGGCGUUGAUAGAGGAGCUCGAGGAGUCCCUGCAGCAGCUGCUUGAAUGCGCCACCCUCUUAACUGAGACACCAAACGCCCCCCUGUCUCCCCUCCCCCCUGUCUCACGUCAGGACAAGGCGGCGCUGAUUGAGGAGCUCGAGGAGUCGCUGCAGCAGCUGCAGGAGGAGCGUGCCAACGCAGCGUUCGAGCGGCGCCGCGCUGACCUGGCAGAUGAGCUGGCGCAAGCGGAGGCUGCCACGUCAGCGGCGGCAGCAGCGAUGGCGCAGGGGGCGGGGACGGUUACGGCAGCUGCAGCGGCGGCAGCAGCGGCGGAGGCGGUGGUGGAAGGGGGAGGGGCGGUGGGAGGGCGAGUGGAACUUGAUGAGUUUGGAAGAGAUGUGAACCUGCAGAAGCGGCUGGAGUUCCAGAGGAGAGUGGCAGCGAGGGAGCGGCGGCACGCCAAGGCUGAAGCCAGGAGGGCUGGGCGGGGUGAAGGGGGUGGAGGGGGUGGAGGAGGGGGAGUGGCGAGGGUGGAGGGGGAGUGGAGCAGUGAGGAGAGUGAGGAUGAGAGGAGUGCGUACAGCUCUGGCAGACAGGAGAUACUCACCGCUGCUGGUGAGCCUCUUCUCUCGUACUUUUUGGCUAAGAUGGGUCCACGUGAUGAUGUGACAGCUGUGAUGUGCUGUGUGGUGCGGUGCAGCAGGAUAGAGCGAGUGGGGGGGCGCAUGGAGCGGUGGAAGCAGCACCACACCUCCAGCUACCCCUGGGCCUACCCCGCAGCUCCACCUACCAGCACGGCCAUACCAACCUCUCCGUCCCGCCCUAUCCUCUACCUCUUUCCUCCAGAUGCGGUGUUUGCGGUUGCAGCAGAGGAGUACAGCAGGAUAGAGCGCGUGAAGGAGCGCAUGGAGCGCUGGAAGCAGCACCACCCCUCCUGCUCCCACCCGCAUUCCCAUACCAUCCUCUUCACCCCUUGUCAACCCCUGCUGCUUCCCCCCAGAUGCGGUGUUUGCGGAUGCAGCAGAGGAGUACAGCAGGAUAGAGCGAGUGAGGUAGCGCAUGGAGCGGUGGAAGCAGCAGCAUCCCUCCGCCUACCCCUUGGCCUACCAUCAAGCCAAUCCCACCCUCUCCGCCCCUUGUCAACCCCUGCUGCUCGCCUGCAGAUGCGGUAUGCGGUGUUUGCGGAUGCAGCGGAGGAGUACAGCAGGAUAGAGCGCGUGAAGGAGCGCAUGGAGCGGUGGAAGCACCACAACCUUAGACCCGUUGGCCUACCAGCAUUUGAUCCCGCCCACCCACCCACCCCGUCCCUCCCUGUCCCCUGCUGCUUUCCCCCAGAUGCGGUGUUUGCGGAUGCAGCGGAGGAGUACAGCAGGAUAGAGCGCGUGAAGGAGCGCAUGGAGCGGUGGAAGCAGCAGCACCCCGCGGCCUACCGGGAUGCCUAUGCCAGCAUGUCAGCGCCGGCCCUCUUUGCUCCCUUUGUGCGCCUGGAGCUGCUCCGAUGGGACCCCCUCUUUGGGGGAGGUGCCUUUGACUCCAUGCACUGGUACUCGGUCCUCUUUGACUACGGCCUCCCAACCGACGGCUCCGAGCCUGCCCCGGACGACCCGGACACGAACCUGGUGCCGAGGCUCGUAGAGAAGGUGGGGCUGCCGAUCCUGCACCACGCCCUGCAGCACUGCUGGGACCCGCUGGACCGCGCCGCGACCAAUCGCGCGGCGACAGCUGUCGAGGAGGUGCUGGUGUAUGUGGAGGCGGGGGCUCCUGCGGUGGUGGAGAUGAUGAAGGCCCUGGAGGGGCGGAUUGAGGGGGCGGUUGCAGAGAUGCAGCUACCAGCAUGGCCGCCCCCUGUGCUCGCUUCAUACCCCGCUGCUGCUCGAUUCGCGGCGCAGAGAUUCGGACAGGCGCUGCGCCUCAUUCACAACCUGGGCAGGAUGCGAGAGGUGGUGUCCCAGUCGCUUCUAGACAGCCUCGUGCUGCAGUCCAUCCUGGCCAAUCAGCUGCUGCCACAUCUGCGCGCCCUCGCCCCUGCGCUGCACGACGCUGUACCCCGUACAGAGCGGCUCGUUUGUGUGCUGUGUGACGGCAAGUGGGCCGGCACGGGCAGCGGCAGUGCCUUGCCUCCCUCGGCAGAACCCAGGAACAGUCCCAAGUCUCCUCUAUCACAACUGGUGGCUUACAUCGAAACGCUGGGGCGGUCUGUAGAGAGUCGGAGUGCAGUGGAGGGGCAGAGGGAGGAGUGUGUGGGGCUGGCGAGGAGGUUGAAGCGCAUGCUGGUGCAGAUGGAAGAGAUGGAUAAGGCCAGGGCGCUUGGCAAGGUGUUUGGUAUCAAAGAGGCACUGUAG